AUGGAGAAGGCCUUGGAGAACAGCCAGGAAUGGACCCUGGGCCGCUCCAUCCCGGAGAUCCGCCUGGGGGUCCUGGGCAGCAGCAGGAGCGGGAAAUCAGCGCUUGUCCAGCGCUUCCUCACUGGCUCCUACGUGGGGCUGGAGCCCACACAGGGUGGCCAGUUCAAGCGUGAGGUGACAGUCGAUGGCCAGAGCCACCUGCUGCUGAUCCGGGAGGAAGGAGGUGCCCCGGAUGCCAUGUUUGCCAGCUGGGCAGACGCCGUCAUCUUCGUCUUCAGCCUGGAGAACGAGGCCACCUUCCAGGAGGUGACGCAGCUGCACCAGCUCUUCAGUGGCUACCGGGCCACCAGCGAGGUGGCCCUGGCACUGGUGGGCACCCAGGACAAGAUCAGCUCCUCCAACCCACGGGUGGUGGAGGACGCCCGGGCCCAGGCGCUCUGUGGAGACAUGAGGAGGUGUCUCUACUACGAGACCUGUGCCACCUACGGCCUCAACGUGGACAGGGUCUUCACCGAGGGUGGGUGGCUGGGGCUCCUGCUCUACCACCCCAGCAUCAAUGACUACAUCCACAGCACUCACGGGAAGGAGAUGGACCUUCUCCGGACCACGGUCAAGGUCCCUGGCAAGAGGCCUCCUCGGGCCAUCUCGGCUGUUGGUCCCUCGGCCAGUGUCAAUGGGCUGGUCAAGGACGUGGGGACGGCGCCUGAGGGGGGCGCUGGCACCUCCCCGGUGGGGCUGAGCCUGCCCCCCCAGCCAGGCACCAAGGGGCGCACCCUGCAGCGCUGCGCCUCCGCCUCCAGCGCCAAGGACCCCUCCCCCGCCUUCGAGACCGUGUCCAGUCCUGGGGGCCGGGACCCCCUCCCCUCCCCCCUGCUGGACCGCAAGAAGCACCGGAGGAAGAAGCUGACGACGCCCUCCAAGACAGAGGGAGCGGCUGGGCAGGCAGAAGCCACACACAAAAUGUGGAAAUUAAAAAGUUUUGGUAGUUUGAGAAAUAUUUAUAAAACAGAGGAGGAGAACUUUGAGUUCCUCAUCGUGUCCAGCACGGGGCAGACAUGGCACUUUGAGGCCACCAGCUUCGAGGAGCGGGAUGCCUGGGUCCAGGCCAUCGAAAGCCAGAUCCUGGCCAGCCUGCAGUGCUGUGAGAGCAGCAGGAACAAGGCUCGCACAGACGGGAAGAGUGAGGCUGUGGCCAUCCAGGCCAUCCGCAGCGCCCAGGGCAACUCCCACUGCGUGGACUGUGGGGCAGCCAACCCCACCUGGGCCAGCCUGAACCUGGGGGCCCUGAUCUGCAUUGAGUGCUCUGGGAUCCACCGCAACCUGGGGACCCACUUGUCCCGCGUCCGGUCCCUGGACCUGGACGAUUGGCCCCGGGAACUGACCUUGGUCUUGGCCGCCAUUGGCAACGUCACUGCCAACAGCAUCUGGGAGAGGGACCCGCGGGGACGCUGCAAACCCACCCACGAGUCCUCCCGGGUGGGGAUGCAGUGA